AUGUGUGCGAGUGAGAAGGGGAAUAUGGAGAGUCCGGGCGAGGAAACGGGACGGAACGCUCCGGCCGCUCAACCUAAUGGGUCCAAUAAGAUAAUAGGACGCAACGUGAAUGGAACCAUGGUUGUGACAUCAGCACCAGCCAACGAGGCAGAGCUACAGCUAUAUAGAGUGAUGCAACGCGCUAGUCUUCUGGCGUACUACGACACACUCUUAGAAAUGGGUGGUGAUGAUGUACAACAGCUAUGCGAUGCGGGUGAAGAAGAGUUCUUAGAAAUUAUGGCUCUUGUUGGUAUGGCGUCCAAACCUCUUCACGUGAGACGUUUACAGAAAGCCCUACAAGAGUGGGUGAACAAUCCUGCUCUCUUUCAAAUCCCAAUCGUCCCAAGUAUAUGUCCCACUGACAAUCCUUUUAUGCAAUGUAACCAAAGGCUCCUGAACAUCCCUCCAGCUAUCCCAAAUUUACCUCGAACAGUAGCCUCCCCAGAUAACAAUAGACCCAUGUACAGUCCGUCUCCUGGUGCACCAGAAAACAGUUGUGGGUCAAACGCGUCUGCUCCUAAUGCUAGUCCUGUACAUAGCCAGCCCACUUUCACUAAGAUCGUCCUUCCAUCUUCCCCUGCCGCUCCAAUCACCACUACAGCUCGAUCCUUUUCUCCCCAAAGUGCUUGUCCUCCGGCCUCGUCUGGAUCAAGUCCUAGUUCCGUGACAUCACCCGUCCAAUUAACACCAGUUCUUCUAGAUAUUCACGUACAAAAAUUGGCGGCGGCUGCAGAGAAAUUAAGCAAGCAUUUACCUCAACUGGAGCCAAAGCCGCAAAACACAAAGAAAAAGAUGUGUAAAGACUUGGAACUAGUGAUGAUGAUGCCAGAGUCAGAUCCGAGGAGAAUGGAGGAGAUUAGGAAGUACGCGGCAAUAUACGGCAGAUUUGAUUGUAAACGAAAACCAGAGAAGCCAUUAACUCUUCAUGAGGUGAUGGUGAAUGAAGCAGCCGCACAGAUAUGCCGCUGCGUGCCCGCGCUUCUCACGCGACGCGACGAGCUGUUCCCCCUCGCCAGGCAGCUCGUGCGGCGCGCCGGCUUACACUACUCCAAACAUGGCUUACCACCAACAGCGCCGGAGGACCGAGAGCGCGACGAAGACGAGACCCCCAGCAAGCGACCGCGACAGGAAGGAGAAGAAGGUAAUGGGGUCAGAGCUAGUCCAGACACGGCUAGGACCUCGAAUCAUAGUUGGUGGGGAAUGAAGACUGAGAGCGACGACGCGGACUCCAGGUGUUCGUACUCCAGCACUAGCACCCCGCCACCUGAGACAGACGAGUCGCGACCACAAGUGGUGGCAGCUCGCGGCGACAGCAUCAUAGCCGUCGCCAACCCCGCACUGCAACCUCCACACCCCGCUAGAAACCAUUCUAAC